AUGCUUGCCUCCAGGCAGUUCGACACCAUUGAGCAGAGCCACUGGUCUUUUAGCAAAUUUGAAACCCCCCUCAACAAGGCGCCCACAACUCCUCCACGCAUGUCGGACGACCAGUACGAGACCACCUUGCCAACGCCUCCCGAGUGGCAGGGACAGCAGUAUGCUUACCUCUCCAGCCCCGAGAACAACACCUUCUCCCAAGCGUAUUGUGCUGGUGAUGAGUCUUCUGAAUUCACACAGCCUCGCACCGCUGCCAGCGCACGCACACAGGCACAUAUCCAAGGAAAGCAAGAGCACAACGCCGCCUUCCGCCUGAUGAAGCAGCCCACCCCUGAGGACGAGCCUGAAGACAGGCUACGGGAGCAGCAGCAGCAGCAGCAGCAGCAGCAACAACAGCGUCAGGCAUCGCAGCCCCUGGAGAAGGCCGCCAAGAUGAUGGCCACCCCGGAGCAGGAGGCCGAGACUGUCGCGGCUCGCAUGGAUAACGACGAAGCAAACACGAGCAAGGAGUCAGACGACGACGCGCUUGAAGAUGAAGACAUGCUUGAUGGUGGCGACGGCACCCCUCAGACUGCUGCCGAACGCACGGCGGCAAGGAGGAAGAUGAAGCGAUUCCGUCUCACACACCAGCAGACACGGUUUCUGAUGAGCGAGUUCGCCAAGCAGCCACACCCUGAUGCCGCUCACAGAGAGCGUUUGUCUAGAGAGAUUCCCGGGCUGAGCCCCCGCCAAGUCCAAGUUUGGUUCCAGAAUCGUCGCGCCAAGAUCAAGCGUCUCACAGCCGACGACCGGGACCGCAUGAUCAAGAUGCGUGCUGUCCCCGACGACUUUGACAACAUCCAGGCACUCCACUCUCCCUACGGUGCCGUCCACGGCCUCAGCACUCCCUUAUCGUCGCCCAUGAACUUUGGAACCCAGUCGUACGCGGACCACAUGAUCCGUCCCCUGAUGGUCGACGUCCGCAGGCCAGAGGGCGAAGACGAGCAGAUGUCGAACUCGGGGAUGAGCCCCGGCUUCCCGGGCAUCGGGUUCGCCUCAGCGGGAAACAUGAACACCCCCGAAGUCCUGUCUCCCAUGACGCCCAGCUCGACCGGUGACAACCGCUACGGAUACGGCAGCCACCUCACUCCCAUGGGCCCCGGGCCCCGGACGUCGAACUCCUUUGCACGCCAGGGCGCUGUCGAGACCUCCAUGUCCAUGCACCGCGGCCAACCGAGCCGUCCUCUCCAGCCCCUUCAGCUGAGGGAAACCAUGUCCCUUUCGAGGCAGGACAUCCAGUCCCCUCUGCGCUCCAGCAUGUCGUGGAAGGGCGACGCCAUUGACUACAACACAUACAACCACGGACCCGGCGCAAGCCCCCCGCUUAGCGGAAGACAACAGUCGCUCUACCAGCCCGAGCAGGUGAACGGCCCGUCGAGCAGCGGUCUCCCUUACGAGUCGAGCUCGUACUCCGGCACAAGCUCGCCUCCUGGCAUGAACUACUCGAGCUUCUCACAGGGGCCGCUAUCCCGUCUCCGCAGCCGCGCGUCGUCGGCCACUCUAGGCCUCGACCUCCGCAGCCCGUACCGCCCCAUCGGCUCGGGACAGUCUGCCGGCCACAGCUCCGCGCCACGCAGCACCUCGACCCAGUUCGCCACGACCACGGCCUAUACCUCCAGCUUCCCCUCGGCCCCGCUCACGGCGCCCCUCGACUUCUCCCUCCCGCGCACCCCCGGGAACCGAUCUGGCGGCGUCCACGACUACUCGAUGCCUCAGAUGAGCGCACCGAUCGCUCCCCCACACGACUUCUCGCAGGCCUUCCACGCCAGCAUGAACUCGUCCAACGCGAGGACCCCGAUGCGCGACACUUUUGGCGGCGGCGGACCGAUGCCCACACACCACGAGAACCAGCAGACCCACAGCAGCGACUACCAGCUCAGGAGGCAAAGGAGCUACUCGGGCGGAGCACCGGCCGGGUCCGGACCCGCGCCCGUCCCCCAGGUUUACGGGAGCUCAGCAUAA